CUCUAUGUGGCCACUGAAGCCAUCCUCAUCGCAUUGGUGGGCGCAACUCCUCCCUACCACUGGGAUCUCCAAGAGCUUUCAGCUAAUCAGAGCCAUAGCAACCAGUCAGCGAGUGAGCAGAGAGCUUUUGGGGAAUGGCUUCUGACUGCCAAUGGCAGUGAGGUGCAUAAGCACGUACACUUCAGCAGCAGCUUCACAUCAAUAGUCUCUGAGUGGUUUUUAAUUGGCAACACAUCGUACAAAGUCAGUGCUGCCAGUUCUUUCUACUUCAGUGGUGUGUUUGUUGGAGCAAUCUCCUUUGGCCAACUCUCAGAUCGCUUCGGAAGGAAGAAAGUCUAUCUCACAGGUUUUGCCCUCGACAUCUUGUUUGCCAUUGCAAAUGGAUUCUCACCCUCAUAUGAAUUCUUUGCCAUCUCUCGCUUCUUGGUAGGGAUGAUGAAUGGUGGGAUGUCACUGGUGGCCUUUGUUCUACUGAAUGAGUGUGUGGGUACUGCCUACUGGGCUUUAGCAGGAUCUAUUGGUGGCUUGUUCUUUGCUGUGGGAAUUGCCCAGUAUGCUUUAUUAGGCUACUUCAUUCGUUCCUGGAGGACUCUGGCUGUUGUGGUUAACCUGGAAGGAACAGUUGUCUUUCUUCUCUCUCUAUUCAUUCCAGAGUCCCCUCGCUGGCUCUAUUCACAAGGCCGGCUGAAUGAAGCAGAAGAUGCCCUCUACCUCAUUGCGAAGAGGAACCGCAAGCAGAAGUGCACUUUUUCAUUAAAACUUCCAGCAGAGAGGAGCUCUAGAGAGGCUGGCAGCUUCUUGGAUCUGUUCCGAUACAAGAUUCUCUUGGGACGCACCUUGAUCAUGAUGUUUACCUGGUUUGUGUGCAGCUUGGUUUACUAUGGUCUAACCCUUAAUGUGGGUGACUUAGGUGGAAGUAUUUAUGCCAAUUUAGCCCUUUCAGGGUUGAUAGAAAUCCCAGCAUACCCAAUCUGUAUUUACUUGAUUAACCAAAAAUGGUUUGGUCGGAAGCGAACAUUGAGUGCAUUUCUGUUCCUGGGAGGAUUGGCUUGUCUUAUUGUCAUGUUUCUACCUAAAAAGAAAGAUACUGGAGUGUUUGCAGUGGUGAAUAGUCGCUCUCUGUCUUUGCUGGGGAAACUGACAAUCAGUGCUGCAUUUAACAUUGUCUACAUCUACACCUCAGAACUUUAUCCCACAGUGAUCAGGAAUGUUGGAAUGGGUGCCUGCUCCAUGUUUUCCCGUGUUGGUGGAAUCAUUGCUCCUUUUGUCCCUUCAUUGAAAUCUGUACAGUGGUCUCUGCCUUACAUUGUGUUUGGAGCAACAGGUCUUUUAUCUGGGCUCUUAAGUUUAUUGUUGCCAGAGACCUUAAACAGCCCUUUGCUAGAAACGAUUUCAGACCUGCAGGUAUGCUCGUACUGGAGGCUAGGGGAUGAAGCCAUGUCAUUGCAAGCCCUAGAUGGCUCACAGUCUGGAGACAAAGACAGUUCUGCAGGGAGUGGAAGUGAAGAUGAGGAGUUUUAUGAUGCUGAUGAAGAGACUCAUAUGAUCAAGUAAUGAAAA